AUGCGUCCGUGUAUUUCGUUGGUGAUUUUUGUUUCAUUUCUCGCUCGGGUGGCCGCCACCGACACACCUUCUUCUGCCGAUUCAUCUUACGAGGUAUUAAUAUUAUUUUUAUUAUUAUUUUUGUAUAAAAAGAACGCAUACGGCGCGUAAUAUACCGACAAUAACGUUUAAGACCUUUAGAAACAUCGCCAUAUUAUAAUAAUGAUAUCCGUGCCCACAUUAUUAUAUGACGAUUUUCGAUAUAACGUCAUAACGAGGGUCCCUAUACAAUACAAUAAUAUUAUAUACAUUGUCGACGUCUUUUGUCGACGAGCCCGUACGCGGGUAUUGAAUUUCAAUAAUAAAUCCUGUGGUAACAUAAAGUUUAAAACGUGCUCGUACGCCGCGAUCGAAACCUAGAUGGGGGUAGAUUCUGUAGCACCGAUAAACUAUUAUAGUUUUACAGUUUUCGAAAAAGAAAGGGGACCACUUGGCCGUGUCAUAUAAAAUAAUAUUAUAUCGAUUUCAGGUGUUCGCGUCCGGAGCAGCACGGAAAUAUGCCGUGCAAAAUAUAAUUACGACGGCCGGCCGACGAAUAUUUACUGAAAGAACGGCGAUUCCGAUUACAUCGCGAGAAAUAUUCCGAGGGAAUUUGACGCUCGUCGGCACUUUGUCAAAUGCGCGAAUGUAAUCGGUGAAGUCAACAACCAAAGAACGACAGCGUCUAGUUGGGUAAACGCGAAUGCGCUAAAGAUUUUACUUAAUGCAAUUUAAUUGACGCGAUAUUAUUAUUCGGUUGUUCGAAAAUAAUUUUUUGAUAAUCCUCGCGACGCACGUUCCUAUAAUUAUUGUGAUAAUAUGACGUCUUGUAUACUUGACGGAGAACAGUAUAAAUGCAUACAGUUAUACGUGUACCUAUGUAUAUUCAUAUUGUUUAGCCCAUGGCAGUGGCUUCAGCUUUUACGGACCGCUUUUGCAUAGCGACCGACGGAAAUUUCACUGAAAACCUUUGCGCCCAAUAUUUAAUGGCUUUUGGGCUCCAAUUUAAUAAAAUAAUUAAAAUUAAAAUAAGGCCAAUAAAAAAUGUUCGAUACAAUUUUUUUCGGAGCUCUAUAAUAAUUCGGGAAAUGUCUAUCCGAAACGUAUACGGACGGAAUUAAUUUCUUCAGGCCGUAAUCGCCCGGAAAAAAAACUCCAAAAUCAAUUUUGUCCGAAACGUAUAAUUACAAAAUCAGUAACAGUAAUAGCGAAUGUAAAUUCCGGCUCAUUUAUUUUCCGGAUGAAUACGGGUUCCUUUUUGUUCAUGUAUUCCUAAUUGUAACAUUAUAGCUUCAACCGUCUAUAUGACUUCGUGGACGGACGCCACACAAAUCCAACAGGAAAUCAUGACUUACGGUCCCGUGACUGCGUUGAUGUACGUUUACGACAAUCUUGCGAGCUAAAAAGGAGGUAAACAUACUCAUUACACAUGAUAAUAUUACUAUCGGUGACGUUAACGAUGACAGGGCUACAUAAUAUUAUAAACACGUGGUUGUUCGAACAGGCAUUUACAAGGACACUGUCGGCGAUCUAGUGGGACACCAGUAUGUCAAACUUAUCGGAUGGUGUAUCGAUGA